UUUCGUGCUAGGUAGUCGCUAUUACACUUUAUGUGUUUCUGUAUAGACCACAAAGUUAUUUUAUUCAUUUCAUUGUGGGAUUUAAUAAAAAUAUAUUGUUUAAUACUGUCACAAAAUAAGGAAAAUGUACACUUAAUGACGCAAAGACACUUUUAGAUACACAGCAACCUGACAUGACAACGCGGCAGGAAGAAGUAGGACGAUGAAGGUUUUAAACUCAGAAGAACUGGGGACAGUGGAGACAGCUCUGGAGUCGUACUUUCCUCAGAGUCUGAAGGUGUACGGAUACAUCUUCGCCAUUAACAGAAAUAAACCCCACACUCUGGAUGUCCUGGUGGAUUCCUGGCCGGAUUUCAAAACCGUCAUUUGCCGACCAGACUCGAAGAAUGAGAGGUCGGCUGAUUUCCUGAACAAGGUCACAGUUUUCAGCAAGGAGGCUGAGGGCCUCAGGAGUGUCCUGGCUGAGCACAGCGCUGUAGACUGGAGCGCUUGUUUCAUGGUAGGAGGACUAGAUGUCAACUAUGCCACCGUACUGAAGGAGGCUGCUGCCUACAGGGGCAUCAGAAUUAAACUCCUCACUGUCGAGCAUUUAAUGAGAUUGCAGGACCCAAGUCACCUGCCUGACCUCAAGAUUGACAGCGACAUGGCGGCCAGAAUUUCCUCUCUGAACGAGUCUCAUGUGGGCCUAGUGAACCAGGCCUGGAAGUUUGGAGGUGGCGAGCAGAGCUUUCGGCUCAUUAACAAAAUGAUAUCCUGCUUCCCUUCAUGCUGCAUCACAGAUGACGGUGGGAGCCCAAUCUCCUGGGUGCUUCUGUACGAUUACUGCGCGCUGGGAAUGUUGUACACUGCGCCGGAACACCGCGGGAAGGGCUAUGCCAAAAUUCUGGUCAGCACCAUUGCCAGAAGGCUGCAUGCCCAGGGCUACCCAGUCUACUGCUUCAUUGAAGAAGAGAACGAGCUAUCUUACAGGCUGUUCAAAGGCCUGGGCUUCACGGAGGCCCCUGACUACAGAACCUCUUGGUAUGAGCUGAAUUAUUAACAAGGUGUUGUGGUCCAUGUGAUACAAAGACAAAUCCAUUUGCUGGAACUCUUUCUCCUGGAAAAUCUUUAGUUGGGAUUUUGUGUCACAUUUUAUCAUGCUUCCCUGACUAUGAGCACACUUUUAACAUGGUUUUCCUAUGCUCUGCUGCAAUGUGCUGCUUUCCCCUGUAUGCUACAGUAAACAAUCUUAUUAAAGGAAUGCUAACGUGUGACUGAAGCUAAGGUAAUGCAAUCUUCUGGUCAUGGCUUGGUGCCAGUCAGAAGACAAGCAAGAGUGACUCUGCUGGAUGACAAGACAGAGACAGGAGAUGCUGUCAAGCUGCAAUACUGAGAUUCACCUGCCAGCUCUGUCUGGGCUAGUGCAGGCCAAUAUCCAUUUUGUAAUCCAUCUUGAAGCUAAGCAGGUGUAAGCCUGGUCAGUACCUGGAUAGGAGACCUCCUGGGAAAAACUAAGGUUGCUGCUGGA